AUGGCAGACAUCAACGAGGUGCUGGGGAAAUGGUACGAAGAAUUCCAGCGGAUCCCUGCAGGAGUUCAUCUUCUGUGUCCACGGGUUAGCGACGACGACGACGAAAACUACAAAACCCUCGAGGAUCCCGACUCGAGCAUAACGGCCGAAGAGAAGCAAAGUCGCAUCGAACAGAGCAAGAAGCGAAUCGAGAUCACGUACUGGAACAGUCUGAUAUUCGGCUUCGACAAACAGGAGGCCGGCAAAUGGCUAGAGGAAUUCACUGGGAGGCUUGAGAAAUGUCUCAAGACUUGCCCAGAAUGUGUCCUCAACUGGCAUAUGCAGCGCAGGCACCACCUCCAGCUUUUUUCAGAGCGGUGGGAUGAAGAAGCUGUCGCGCAGAUCCAAGAUAUGCUCGUUAACAUCGACGUCAACCGGAUCGACCACAACCUCACUUGGGCGAAGCAGUUCAUCGAGAAGAUUGAAAAGUCCGGCGCCGUCUUCAAAAAGUCACAAUUCGGCGAGCAUCUCACCGAGGUCCACGUCACUGUCUAUGAGGCUUUGUGCUGUGUGGCCUAUCUGGCGAAUGCAGAGCAAAGGGCCGUCUUUCAAUAUGUCUUCAUGCGUUUGCAGGGCAAGACGUACCUCAAGCUCGGGACUAAGGAUCCUCUACCCGGCAUGACCUACUUCCUGUUUGACCAGAAGAACGAGGACCGCCGUAGAUGGGCGGCAGAAAACUGGAAGAACAUUGAAAGCGGCGGUAUGACGGAGGACCAGUUUGACUGGGCUGUCAGCGAUGGCCUGGUCAGCUCCAUCGACGACAUUAGCAAGAAGGAUCUCUCCUCAGCAACAAGCGAGAUCUACCUCGAGAUCGAGCGGUUCUGGCAAGGGUUUGAGGCUAUCCUCAGGACUUUAAACGAUGACAUCAUCCUCAGCCGUUUGCGCAGCCUCGAAAUCCCGCAAGGAAGCUUCAACAUCUACGAUUUGCUAUUUCGACAUAUUCAAUUCUGUCGCUCGGAAGGUGUGCUGGUUGUCGCCAUCAGAGUCCUCAGUGGUCUGCUGAAGAAAUCGCCAAAGGCCUUUUGGGAUGUUGUCGGCGAUGCUCGGCCAAACGUCAUUGCCGAUUUGCUCUUUGGUAGCCCCGUCUACAAGACUCUCUUGCGCCAGUCUCUAGAGGAAUGCUGGUCUGUUGUCGACCCCGGAUCGCAAUUUGCACCGUUUCCUACCUCUUGGAUUCAGCCAUGGCUACAAUCUCUCAGCCGCGAUCGCAGAUAUGAUGCAUGUGAGGUUCUGAUGCACACCCUCUUUGAGACGCUCGCAAAGGACGCUAGCAUCGGCGAACCCGGCCAAGCCGCCUGUGUUCGCGCUGGCUUUGAUGCAUUGAGCUUUACCAUGAAAUCAUUCCUCGACCCGGAGAUGACCAUUACGGCGGGGAGUACCCAUCUCUACGCCAGCGCAGCCUCGAGCCUUGUCGUCAAACAUCUUGGUCUUAUUCUAUCAAGCAUCAGGCCGGCUGGACGAAAUGGAGAAGUUGAAGGUUGGACCACUUUCAAGGUUGCUGAGGCUGCCCACGAAGUCAUGGUGGCUGCGAUGAAGCUGGAUAUGAAGCUCUUAUCCGAGGAGUACCAAGCCAUUCACGCCAGCAAGCAGCUUCAAACCGCCAUUAUCAGAAACUCUAAAGCAUUCUGGGAAGGAGUUCUGGAGAUGUUUGAUACUUCAUCUGACCAGGUCGCCGUCGCGAAGGACAUCUUUGUGUCAUUGGCGCCGCUCGUAGCUGUGGAACAGAUCAGGCCUCGCAAAGCCGACGACAAGCUCGAAGAGUCGGCCAAGAAUUUCAACAAGGCGCUUGGUGACGUUGCAGACGUGUUGGCGCGGAUCCUGGGCCGCAUAUCGGAGCUCGAUGUAAUGGACCUGAACGAUUUGUUUGCUGACCGACUGCCUUUCCAAGUCACCACAGCCUUGUCUGUCCAUGAGAAUUCGGAUCUUGCAGAGGCUUCAGCGGAGAUUCUGAAGAAUUGGACUGGGGAGCUCUCCCGGAGCGGCGCACUGGAGCAGAUGACGCAGCAUCAUCCAGACCAGACACUUGCGUCGAUUGUCUGGUCUUUGGAACGCGUCCUACGUCCGCCGUAUCCAUGGGGACCGGUCAAACCAUUGCUGAAUAUGAGUCGUGAUGUUUUAAGGGGCCUGGCAGAUCCGUCGACGGGAGUUCUUCGAGUCAGAACUCUGGACUCCAAGUCGGCCGCUACUGUCCUACGGUGGUGGAAUGAGCAGUGGCGCUUUGUCUCCAAGGCCUGUCUCAAUAUCGAGACGUGGUCCUUUUACAUCUCGAAUGUGAUCAUGACGGAAUUCUGCCGAGAGAUCAUGGAACUAGCCGAGGCCCUCAUUGCCGAGGAUGGCCUGCUCACUUCUGCGACAGCGCUUGGUAGGAGCGAGAAAGACAUGAUGAUCAAAAUUCUUGCUCCUGCAAAGGACAAUUUCCGCGGAAUGGAAAACAUGAUUCGGCUCAAAGAUCGCUGGCUCGUUGAUGUGACGGUCCGCGUUCUGUGCAAGAUUCUCAAGCGGCUCCAAGAAAACGGCCUCGAAAUCAACGCAGCGUCUCGCAAGCUCAUUACAGAUGCCUGCCUGCCAACUGCCACUCCGGGAAAGUACGUACGAUCUACGAACCUGACCGAUCAGCAGCGUGCAGAGCUUCUACAAGCCCUGGGCCAGACGGACGAGGAGGUGCAGAUCUAUCAGCAGGGAAUGAGCGCACAGCAACGCCAGGAGCAAGCUCUCAAGGAUAAGACGAAAAAGCAGAGCAAGCUUGAUGCCUGGUCAAAGUCCGCAGUCGCAGCUGCAUCAUCAUCAUCUGCUGCUGCUGCCACCCCGUCUAAACUGGGGCGCUCCAACCGAGACGAUGUGUUGGAGUUUAGCAGAUCGGUGGAUAAUCCACUGCUCAAGCAGAUCGAGGCCCGUCAGGCCAAAGCAAAGGCCGCCAGGAUCCCCGACCAGAAAGCGAUCACGGCGCUCAAAGAAAGCAGGCAAAGGGAAAAGCUGGAAAAAGCCAAGCGAGAUGCCGAGGCUAUUGCGCGCGCCAGGCAGAUUCGAGGGGAGUUUGUCAGAGGCGAAGGCUCUGGCAUGCAAGGCCUCGGCCUCACUGGCAAGGAUCAUUCGAGAAGUGAGAUUAUGGUCAACAGUUCUGACGAGGAGUCUGAAGCUGAUAGCGAUGGCUCGGACGCCGACAACCAACUUGCUGCCCUUAGCACGGGAGGCCAGAAAUCCUUGACCGAGGCCGAGAAGCGCCGCCAGCAGGCUCUACGAGACAAGAUUCGCCAGCCAGUCAAGAAGGUCAGACAGCAGCGCUCGGUCAAGGAGAUGCGAGCGCGGCUCAUCCCCCCCAUGGAUCGCCUUCACAACACGAUCCUCGCGUGGGACAUCUUCCACGCCGGCAACGACCCCCCCAACGGCCCUAAAGCGUCUGAGGUCGCCACCAAGUACGCCGACCCCAAAUCGUAUCAGGAGACCUUCUUCCCCCUGCUUGCGUCUGAGGCCUGGCGCUCGUUUGUGACGUCUAAAGAUGAGAAUACGGCCCAGUCGUUUGGCAUGAAGAUAGCCAGCCGCGCGAGCGUCGACAGUUAUCUGGAAGUGACGUUUACAAUGCCCGUAGCCCCCCAUAGGGAUCGUGGUAUCUAUGAGGGCGACAUUAUCCUUGUGUCCGAGGCGGAAAACCCCCUGGUGGAUGGAUCCGCGAAGCACUGUCUGGCUCGAGUCCAUCGUAUUACUUAUAAAAAAGACACCGUCGAGGUGACGUAUCGCGUAGCUUCUCGUAAUAACCCUCUCUCGCCCAACCUGACCCCUGGCGUCACCAUAUACGGGGUGAAAAUCACCAACAUGGCGACUAUAGAGAGAGAGUAUGCCGCCUUGGAGAGUCUGCAGUACUAUGAUCUCAUGGACGAGAUCCUGAAGGCCGAACCAUCGCCCAUUUUGCGCUACGGAGAAGAGCGCGUAACCAGCUACAUGGAGAAUUGGGCUCUGAAUCGAGGUCAGGCCCUCGCCGUACUUGGCGCACAGGAGAACGACGGCUUCACUUUGAUCCAAGGCCCCCCCGGUACAGGAAAAACCAAGACGAUUGUAGCAAUGGUUGGCGCUUUGCUGUCAGAACAGCUUGCACAGAAUUCUUUGGCCGGAGCAGGAGUUCCUCUUGGGACACCAAUUAAGCCUGCUGGUGCACCUACGGGCAAUCAGGCUCGAUCAAAGAAGCUUCUUGUUUGCGCGCCGAGUAACGCUGCUGUCGAUGAGUUGGUCCUUCGACUAAAGGGUGGCAUCAAAACGGCCAAUGGCAAAGAUCGAAAUAUCAACGUCCUCCGCCUUGGAAGAAGUGAAGCCAUCAAUGCCGCAGUCAAGGACGUCACUCUGGAUGAGAUGGUCAAAGCCCGCCUUGAGGGGGAUACAACCAAGGACAAAGCAAAGGCGGAUAGGGAUAAGCUUCACGAAGAGGCCGCUCAAGUAAAGGAGCAACUGGCGCAACUCAGGCCAAGGCUGGAAGAGUCUCGCAACCACGAUGAUCGGUCGUUGCACAACUCCCUCUCGAGGCAGUUUGACGAGCUGAAACGAAAGCAAAUGCAAAUCGGAAAGCAGAUCGAUGCCAACAAGGACAGCGGCAACUCGAUAGCUCGCGAGAUGGAGCUACGCCGCCGACAGAUCCAGCAGGAGAUUCUCAACUCUGCUCACGUUCUGUGCGCGACGCUUAGCGGAAGUGGCCACGAAAUGUUCCGCAACCUGGACGUCGAGUUCGAGACGGUCAUUAUCGACGAGGCAGCCCAGUGCGUGGAACUGAGCGCCUUAAUCCCGCUCAAGUACGGAUGCUGCAAGUGCAUCCUCGUCGGUGACCCCAAGCAACUGCCUCCGACGGUCUUGUCUCAGUCCGCGGCGCGGUUUGGCUACGACCAGAGCUUGUUUGUUCGGAUGCAACAAAACCACCCAAAGUCGGUCCACUUGCUGGACAUGCAGUACCGAAUGCACCCGGAAAUCAGCUCCUUUCCCAGCAGGGAAUUCUACGAAUCCCAGCUCAAGGACGGUCAAGAUAUGCUGCGGCUCCGCCAGGCACCGUGGCACAAAGACGCUCUAUUUGCGCCUUACCGGUUCUUCGAUGUGGAAGGUGUGCAAGAACGGGGCAGAAAGGGUCAGUCGCUGGUCAACACAAAGGAGCUGGAUGUGGCGCUGCAAAUGUACGAAAGGUUCAGCAGGGAUUACCGUGACUGCGAUCUAACGCGCAAGAUUGGCAUCAUUACACCUUACAAGGCGCAACUACACGAGCUGCGGUCUCGUUUCCAGGCUCGGUAUGGCGAAAACAUCACCAACAUCAUCGAGUUCAACACAACGGACGCCUUCCAGGGACGUGAGUGCGAAAUCAUCAUCUUCUCCUGCGUCCGAGCGAGCUCCACUGGCGGCAUCGGUUUCAUGACGGAUAUCCGCCGUAUGAACGUCGGCCUGACGCGUGCAAAGUCGUCGCUGUGGAUCCUGGGCGAUUCGCGAGCUCUUGUCCAGGGAGAGUUCUGGCGCAAGUUGAUAGAGGAUGCGCAAGGACGAGACCGCUAUACAAAGGGCGAUAUCCUGUCGAUGUUUCGACGCCCGCUCGAGAGAGCCAAGCCGGACGCAUAUGUCGCAUCGUCCUAUCAGAAACCUGACCCUCCACCUCAACCCUCCCAGCCUAUGGAUAUCGUCAUGAGGGAUGCACCUGGCAACGAGCCUUCAGAUGCGCCCCAAAGCGCCAGUGGCCAGGGAAACCCGGGCUCAGCAGCAUCGUCCAGCCUAGAUGCCGUCAUGCCGCGCUCGAGCGGCCCUCCAGUUAUCCAUACUUCCGCCGGUACGGAGGCGAAAAAGCGGCCGCUAGAAUCCCCCGACUCCAAUCAGAGCGUGACGAAGAGGGUGAGUAGCCACUCGCGGCCGAGCAGUGGCCUCAUGGGUAAGUUUGGUCAGAGGCCGAAGCCUAUCAAGCCCGCGACCGACCCGUCCGCAAUGUCACUACUCGGAUUGGCGCCCCCCGAACGGCCCCCGCCAGUCAUGAAUCCUGCUGCUGCAGCCGCGCCAAGGCAAAUGCCGCCAACUGGUCCUGCCGCGGCCACUGGCAAUGUAAGUAAUGGUUGA